AUGUGCAUCGUCGUCCUCACCACCGCGCAUCCCAAGUAUGCCCUCAUCGUGAUCGACAACCGAGAUGAGUUCAUUCUUCGGCCGACAUCACGGCCACACUGGUGGAGCACACGAGCUUCCCGGCAGCCAUCCAGGACGCCCACGCCGGACCCAUCGUCCAAACAGACAAACGUUAAUGGCCAACCCCCGAAUGGCGAAUCCGGAGAGAUGCAACACAUACUCUCAUCUCGAGAUCUACAGCGCGCUGAACGGGGCACAUGGCUCGGCAUCACCAAGUCGGGCCAUUUCUCGGUGCUCACCAACUACCGCGAGCUCAACCCCGACAAACUGUGCCAGCCGGUCAGCGGGCAGCGAAGUCGAGGGGUAAUGGUCUUAUCAUGGCUGGAAAACUCAGCAGAGUGCAGUGUGGGCGACUAUGUGGAGGCCGUCAUGGAAAGCGGCGGCUGUCAAGGUGUGGGAGGCUUUUCGCUCAUCUGUGGAAAGUUGAGACGGAGACGCGAAGGGGGCGAGGACGGCUUGGAGCCAAUGGCGAUCCUGUCAAAUCGUGCCGAGAACCCUGACCAGAUACCGUGGAUCGUGGGGCAGAGAGGCGAGACAGUUGGGCUCAGCAACGCAGCGUACGAUGACCCUGAGGAAUGGCCGAAGGUGAAAAACGGAAAGGCCCUGCUCAGCCAGGUCGUGAACGAAGCGGUCGAGAAAGACAUGAAGGAGGAGGAAUUGCAGGAGAGACUCUUCUGGGUCCUGGACCAGAAUACUCUCCCCACCCACCCGGGCAAGAGCCUCGAAGAACACCUCCCCGAGCUCAAAGAAUCUAUCUUCAUCCCGCUGAUAGGCGAUUCGAAACACCAAGACGACAUGGUAAAAGCGGCGGCUAAUGGGACAGUCGAGGCCGAUCACGCUGACGCUGAGGUGCGAGAGAAAUUGUCCAAGGUCGUGGGGACCGAGCGACCAGACCCUCAGACGGGCUUCGCAACGGGCAUGUACGGGACGCAGAGGCAGACACUCAUCCUGGUGGACUGGGACGGCAACGUGACAUACACCGAGAGGGCAUUGUGGGAUUCACAGGGCAACGCUAUAGAAAGAGGCAAAGGAGACAUGACCUUCAGGUUCGGCAUCGAGGGGUGGGAGUAG